GUUGGUUUCCGCUUCGUAGGUACUUUCUUUAUAAAAAUUUGUGGAUUUUGUUGUAGUUUUAAAUUUCUAGGUCGAAUUAAUAGACAUUAUAUUUAUAUAAUGUUGGCUUAUGCAUAAAUAGUUCCAACAAAACUAUUAACAUCUUGAUAAUAACUUACGAUGACUACAGACUUGUGUACAGAAGAUGUGGUUGUCUGUAUCGCAUCCCCGCAAAUGAUUUCUACGGGCGUGAGUGGCGGCGCGUCGGCCGCAGUGGAGCUCGGCCGGCGGCUGCUGCUGGCCGCGCGCGCCGGCCACACCGCGCUCGUGCUCGACCUCAUGGCCAAGGGCGCGCCCUUCACCACCGACUGGCUCGGCACGUCGCCUCUCCAUUUGGCCGCAACAAACAACCACACGGAGACCUGCGCAGUACUACUACGCGCGGGAGUGUCCAGAGACUCUCGGACUAAAGUUGAGAGAACUCCAUUACACAUGGCCGCAUAUGCAGGACAUUCGGACGUCGUGGCUUUGCUGUUAGAACACGGGGCUGCUGUGGAUUGCAAGGACAUGCUGCGUAUGACGCCGCUACAUUGGGCCGCAGAACGCGGACACACGGUCGUGGCGGAUGCAUUAUUGUCGCGCGGAUGCUGUGUGUCUCCGCGCAACAAGUUUAAUAAGACUCCGCGCGAUCUGGCCGCGUCGAAAGGACACUCUGAUAUUGUCGCUUUGAUUGACGCCGCGGAAGAGAGGCAGAGAGAUGCGGAGAUGAGGGUCCCCAGAGUGUCGUCGGAAGAGGCGCCGCCCCACGCGCGGCGGAAGGCGGAGGACAGGACACAGCCCGACCAGGGCUUCGCCACAAUUCAUAGAAUACAAGAAAUAAAACCACACACCAAAACGAAAAUACAAGAAGAAACUCCCAAUAAAAGCGAGACAAAGACUGAGUCAAAGGCGGCCGCGCUGCUGCGGCGCCACGGCAUCACGCUGCUGCCGGCCGACGACGGCGGCACCGUGCUCAGCGCGCUGCAGUGCGGCCGCACCGUCGUACUCUCGGACGCGGGUAAACUAAUGUUGAAAGAAAGCAGCACCCCGCAAGUGGUGUCGGCAUCCGCCGCGUCGCCCGCGCCCACCAUUUCCACUGCUGGGUCGCAAUCGCCGAGUAAGGGAGUGAAGCUGUUCACGCUCAAUAACAAGCUGUUACUGCCGAAGGCUCACAAGAAUCUGGGGAAUGUGCAGGUGUCGCAGGUGUCGCAGGUGAAGCUGGUGCAGCUGGCGCGCGGCCGCAAGCCCGGCACGCCGCUCAACAUCGUGGUGCACAACAACUCGCACCAUCGCCAGAGCCAGAGCGGCUGCGGCGCCCAGACAUCAGAGCGACAGUCAGAAUCUACAACCAAUGAAGAUGAAGACAAGGAAUCUCUCCGAUCACAACUCCAGGCAGCCAGAAAAGCCAUCGCCGCAUUGACGGCUGAGCUAGCUUCUUGCAAAUCUAAACUAGCGCAGUUCGAACGACAGACAUAAAAACUUGUACUAGUUUUCAACAGACGACGUAGCCUGUACAAAUGUGAAGUCUAAAUCGAGCUAGCAAAGUUAUAGUGAUUAAAAACGGAAACGUAUUAUGAUUCACUUUCAUCCCAUUUAAAUUUAAAAUCCCCGUUUAAAUAAUUGAUUCACAAAUAUAAAUGUUUGCUAUAGUUUCAAUAAUGCUUCAUAUAAACCGAGUGAUUACAUAUUACAAUAUGUCGAUUAACGUUUUGUCCAAAUUAAUUAAAAUAGUCCUUAUGAUCUAGGUAGAAUAUGGACGUAAAGUGAUAUUUGUAAAUACGUGUGUUGUUGGUGCCUCGAAACGGGACAGACUAAAAGACCUAUUAUGUACCUAUACGAUUGCAUGCUUGUAGAUUAAGAUGAGUAUUAUGCACAGAAAUGGUAUUGGUGAUUUUUUAUUUUUUUACUGUAAAAUGAUAGCUUUAAGGCCAAACAGUUGUGUUUAUCGAGUCUAUCACCUUGAUUUAAGGUUGCAAAAUAAAUUGAUUAAAACAUG